UCUUGCAGUGCGCGCUGGCGGCGGUGUCGGGACGGGCUUGUGGGGUAGGUCGAGUCAUAUGACCCGCUCGGCUUCCUGACUCCGGCCGCCGCCGCCCUCCCGUGUCUGCCAGGGUCGCUCCAGGGUUCUCUGGAGCCGUUAAGGGGUCCAGGCCGAGGCUCGUUCGUGUGGAAGUCGUCUCCGUCGCCGUUUGCCCGCCCUCCCUCCUGUCCUCUCCAGGCCCUUACCAUGCUGGCUCUCAUCUCCCGCCUGCUGGACUGGUUCCGCUCGCUCUUCUGGAAGGAGGAGAUGGAGCUGACCCUCGUGGGGCUGCAGUACUCCGGCAAGACCACCUUCGUCAAUGUCAUCGCGUCGGGUCAGUUCAGUGAAGAUAUGAUACCUACAGUGGGCUUCAACAUGAGGAAAGUAACAAAAGGUAACGUCACAAUAAAGAUCUGGGACAUAGGCGGACAGCCCCGAUUCCGGAGCAUGUGGGAACGGUAUUGCAGAGGAGUCAAUGCUAUUGUUUACAUGAUAGAUGCUGCAGAUCGUGACAAGAUAGAAGCCUCUCGCAAUGAACUACACAAUCUUCUAGAUAAGCCACAGUUACAAGGAAUUCCGGUAUUAGUACUUGGAAACAAGAGAGAUCUUCCAAAUGCCUUGGAUGAGAAACAGCUAAUUGAAAAAAUGAAUCUGUCUGCUAUUCAGGAUAGAGAAAUUUGCUGCUAUUCAAUUUCUUGCAAAGAAAAGGAUAAUAUAGAUAUCACACUUCAGUGGCUUAUUCAACAUUCAAAAUCUAGAAGAAGCUGAAACAUCUCCUGAAGUCUUCCAGUCCUUCUUGGCUAUAAUCCUAGAAUUACUGUCCGUUCCUCUGAAGUACUUCCCAGAAUGUGGUCCUUCCCAAACCCAAGAAAUUGCCUUUUUCAGAGUUUAUUUCUCAUGUGCACUGCUGAAAAUGUGUAACCCUAUUACUUCAUAAAGAAUCAACUAGAGUUGUCAUGAUAAAGUCAGCACACAUAAAAAGGCUUCUCACACAUAUAGUACUUGUGUUAAACAGUGUGUAGAGCUUUUUUUUUGGUUUUUAGUUUUACAAAAAGAAUGCAUACUUUUCACCAUCUUAAAUCCAGAAAGUUGCAUAUUUCCAUUCUGGCCUUUCUGGGCCAGAUUUUUAUAUUGGUUUUCAGUAAAUAUCUAUAUUUCAUUAUAGAGUCCAGUAGCUUAAUACUGAUAAUGACUUGAUACAGCAUGAAAUUUCUAGUGUCACACAGUAUUUAGAAAACCUUUUAAGCCUAAUUAAUGUGGGAUAAUAAACAUAAUGUUUAUUUUAUCUCACAAAUGCAUGUGAAAUAUAUAAUUAUACCUUAGGAAUUAAACAGUGGUCUGUGAACAGGUAGCAGAGGCAUCAUAUCCGUGUUGCUGGUUCUUUAUACUGGAGAGAUCCUGCCUAAUGAAUUUCACAGGCAUUCUGCUUUCUGGGAAUCCUUUAUCACAGAUAACAGUUGGAAGUAUGGGAGGAGUUAAUGUAUGCUGUUUUUUAUCUGCCCAGAUCAUAAAUUUUUUUAAAACUUUUUUUCUUUCAGUACUUUUUUAAGGGAUUGGGAAUUGAAGAUUUUCUCAAAAGUUUUCAUGAAUUUAGAGUAUUCCAGCCAAUAUAAUAAAGCCUGUUAAGAAUGUCAGACUUCGUUCAAAUACCUGUUUGUUCUUUCUAUCUCUAGUCAUUAAAUCAGUGCUGCUGCAUGACACUCUAACCCUUGACUUUUUAUAUCCAGUCAUAAAGUUGACUUUCAGCACAAAAGACACUUAUAAACAAAUAAAAAUUCUUAUUUUUUUCUAAGAUUUGGCACUCUUUUGUCUAGGGCCAUCAGACAUCUUGAUUAUUGUGACAACUCUAGACCUGCCUGCUUUGUCUAACAUAAUCAUGUAGAGUGUCUACAGGUUGGUUAAUAGUCACACAGAGAACUGAGGAACUGAUGCUGUUUGUUUGCUUCAUACAGAAAUGUAUAGAAACAAAAUGAACAUAUUUUGUAGUUUAGUGAUCUCCAUAAACAUAAAGGGACAUAUUAUUACUGGUUCACUUGUAAAUUGUUAUUCAUACAGAAUGCUAUAGUAGAUACAACUCUGGUACACCUUCUUAUAUGUUGCCUCACACUGUGUGUGAUUUUGUUUCUUUUGUUAAGCAGCACUUAUGUAGACAGUGCAUUUUCAGAUGUGUAGUCAACAGUAUUUCUUUUAAUGAAUACCAGUUUAAUUUAUAGACUGCCAUGGCCUUAAAAAUAUUCUGUACAAAAUACUGCACUGUGUUGCACAGACACUGCUUAUUUUUCUCCAUUCACAUUUUUUAACAAGGAGAAUCUGAGCUUUAAAAGUUCUAUUAUUUGAGGCAUGUUGCAUACUUCUUAGAUAGGAUGGGUGAUUCUAUAAAUGAAGGGAUAUUUAAAAUUGCUACCAUAGUUCAAUAUCAUUAAUGGUCACUGGGAACCAUUAUAAACACCAUAAGAACUUGUGCCUAAAAAGAGGAAUUGGAACUAAAAUGUGUGACUCUGUGGGGACUGCUUAGGUUUGUUAACUGACCUUCAGCUAACCCUUACUGUGUUUGUGUCUGUUUGUUGCUUUCAGCAUUUCAAGACAUCUAAAUGCUACUACCAACAUUUUCCUGUGCAUAACAUUUGCAUGUGAAAACUUGACAGUUAUUAAAUUUUGUAAAUAAGUAAAUUUUUUAUUUAGGUGGAUGCAUUUUUUGUCUGUUUACUGCUCUUCUCAGCUUUAUUCAAUAAAAUUGCAUUUUGAGGGUUGUAUUACCCAUUUUAAAUGUGCAUCAUGAUGGAAGGUGCACACUUUUUUGGAAAGAGAUAGCAAGAAAAUUACCACAAGGAGGAGGGUCUGUAGACCAUGUGCUAGACAGAAAUCAACUCAGGGGCCAGGGAUUUAGCUCAGUGGUUUCACUGCCUGCUGCGCAAGUGCAAGGACCCGAGUUCGAUCCCCGGUACCAAAAAAAAAA